UGAGUUACCUGAGCCGGCGCUGAGCAAAGCGCAGAAGAAACUCCCAGGCUCUGCCGAGUAAAUCAUUCUUGCGAAUGUAACACGCGCUCUCUCCAGUCUCCACAUGCCGAGAUUGUACUUCUUCAUCGGUUUGAUGUGCUUGGUGAGAUCAGACACAGACGAAACAUGUCUUACGUUCACCAGACUGAGCCUUCACAGUGCGGUGGUUGGUACCAGACUAAACGUGAAGCUGUUGCUCUACACAAGGAGAAACCUAACCUGUGCACAAGCCGUCAACUCCACAUUUCUUGGGAACUUGAAUGUGACCAAGAAAACCACCUUCAUUAUUCAUGGAUUCAGGCCAACGGGCUCCCCUCCAGUUUGGAUGAUGGACUUAGUAGAAAGUUUGCUCUCUGUAGAAGACAUGAACGUGGUUGUCGUUGAUUGGAAUCGAGGAGCUACAACUCUAAUAUACAGCCAAGCCUCUGGAAGAACCAGAAACGUAGCAAAAAUCUUGAAGGAAUUUAUUGACCAGAUGUUGGUAGAAGGAGCUUCUCUUGGUGACAUUUACAUGAUUGGAGUAAGUCUAGGAGCCCACAUAGCUGGGUUUGUUGGAGAAUUGUUCUAUGGGCAGCUGGGGAGAAUUACAGGUCUGGACCCUGCAGGCCCUUUAUACAACGGGAAGCCCCCCCAGGACAGAUUAGAUCCCAGUGACGCGCACUUUGUUGACAUCAUCCAUUCUGACACUGACGCGCUGGGCUACAGGGAACCACUAGGGAACAUAGACUUCUACCCAAAUGGAGGGUUGGAUCAGCCUGGCUGUCCCAAAACAAUAUUGGCAGGACUGCACUAUUUUAAAUGUGACCACCAGAGGUCUGUGUACCUGUACCUUGCCUCUCUGACAGAGAACUGUAACGUCACCACGUACCCCUGUGACUCCUACCGUGAUUACAGGAACGGCAAGUGUGCCAGCUGCGGCACACCACCCCAGGAGGCCUGUCCCAUCAUGGGCUAUUACGCUGAUAAUUGGAAAGACUAUUUAAAAGAGAAAGACCCUCCUAUGACUAAAGCGUUUUUUGACACAGCAGAGGAGAAUCCAUUCUGCAUAUAUCAUUAUUUCGUGGACAUUAUAACUUGGAACAAGAAUGUAAGAAGAGGGUCUAUUACAAUUAAAUUGAGAGACAGAGAUGGAAAUACUACAGAAUCCAAAAUCGAUCAUCAACCUGCAACAUUUCAGAAAUAUCACCAAGUGAGUCUGCUUGCAAGAUUUAAUCAAGAUCUGGAUACAGUGGCAGCCAUUUCUUUGGUGUUUUCUACAGGAACUGUCACAGGCCCGAAGUACAAGCUCAGGAUUCUUCGAGUGAAGUUAAGGUCGCUUGCCCAUCCAGAGCGGCCCCAGUUGUGCCGCUAUGACCUUGUACUGACGGAAAACAUUGAAACAGUCUUCCAGCCUAUCCUCUGCCCAAAGUUGCGAAUGUAAUGCUGUGGAAACACUUGGCACCGGUAACAUCAAGAAAGCUACAAUGACAGGCUUUUUCAAAGCUGCGCUUCACCUUUUUUGCCAGGAACAAAAAAUACGGAAAGGCCAGAAUUUUUUUCAGUAGUGUCCUACGGAUGUCACAAUGCAAAAUGUCAA